AUGACAAGACAUGGAAAGAACUGCACGGCUGGAGCGGUGUACACCUACUACGAGAAGAGGAAAGACACUGCUGCUUCUGGAUAUGGAACACAAACUGUUCGUCUCAGCAAAGAUGCUGUGAAGGAUUUUGAUUGCUGCUGCUUAUCCCUUCAGCCAUGUAAAGAUCCUGUGGUAACGCCAGACGGAUACAUCUAUGAGAAAGAAGCCAUCUUGGAAUACAUCUUGCACCAGAAGAAAGAAAUUGCUCGUCAGAUGAAGUUGUAUGACAAGCAGAAGAAUGAGAAGAAGGCAGAAAUGGAAGAAUUAAGCAAAGCUGCAAAAGAGUCCAAAAUGAAAGUGUUUCUUGACAAGGAAAUGUCCAUCAUCAGUAAACCACUCAACCCCUUCUCAAAGAAAAUGGAGAGUAAUGGCUCAGCAGAGGAGGCCAGCAGUAGUCAGCAGAGCAGUGAGGAUAAAAACAAGCAGCUCCCCAGCUUUUGGAUCCCAUCCCUGACACCAGAGGCCAAAUCCACACUUGUGAAGAAGCCAGACAAGAAUGUUUACUGUCCAAUGAGCGGAAAACCUCUGAAGAUGAAAGACCUGAUAACUGUAAAGUUUACUAAAGUAGAUGAAAAGGUGGAUCGGGUCGGUCUAAUAAACCGUCAAGAUCGAUACGUUUGUGCAGUGACGCGGGACAUGCUUGGCAACUCUGUACCCUGUGCAGUUUUACGGCCUUCGGGAGUUGUGGUCACAUUGGAAUGUGUGGAGAAGUUGAUCAAGAAAGAUAUGACUGAUCCAGUAAGCGGGGAGAAGCUUAUGGAGAAGGAUAUUAUCGUUUUGCAGAGGGGUGGCACAGGAUUUUCCGGAUCCGGAGUUCAGCUGGAAGCUAAAGAGGCUCGUCCAGUCAUGCAGGCAUGA